AUGGCUUGGAAGCACCUGAUUUUGCUGGGAGUCCUGGUGGAAGCCGAAUUGAAGACAAGCAAGCUGAAAGCCCUUGACCAGAUUCUGGUGAAGCAAGACGCUCUGGAUGCUGACAAGGUGAACGGACAGUUGACUCAGGUAGCAGAUGAGUGCGGUUUCUGUUCUCCUUCACCGGAUGCCAGCCUGCAGGACUUGAAGAAGAUCGACGCUACGAAAGCACCGGAGCUUUGCAAGCAGGCAAACCUGUCGAUGGACCCGUUCAAACGUGCCAAGUUGGCCAUGUGUGCGUGCGGGGCUCCAAUGAGACAACACGGGUGCUGCAACGUGCCUUUGCAUCGGCAGCACCAAGUCCCAAGAUCCUUCUUUGUGCCUAGCCUCGUUUUCGUCAGCCCACCUGGCCCGCCAGAUGCAGUCCCCAGCAACGCCAGUAUUGUCGUGGACGAGUCGUCCGGGGCAUCUGCAAGUAUGGAGGAGAGGCCCAGCCACGAGGACAACUUUGGCCUCUUGGGCCAUGCCUUGGAAUCGAUGGAGCAAAGCCUGCUCUUCGGUUACUUGGAAUGGCAAAGUGCCUUGCAGACGAUCAUUCAGGAGUUGAGGAAAGGUUACGAUACGUACCUUCCCGCUGAUGCUGCCAACUAUGAUGAUUGGAAUGAGCUCUUCCAGGACGUUGAGCGUUUGGUGGAGGCUUUGCCCUUCCUGAAAGUUAUCCAGCCCAGCCAGCUGUAUGCGCAGCUGGCCAUGGUGGAUUGGCAAGAAGCAUUUCACAAUGCGAAGGUGAAGACCCACCGACACCGAGAGCUGCACUUGGUGGGGCGUUUUUGCUGCCGCUCACCGGCUGUGGUUGCUCCAUCUCUUGCUCUCCCUCCUCUGCUUGUUUGCGGUUUCAAAAAAGAAUUGUGCCCCUAUGGCCGAGGUUGGAAGGUCUUAUUGGCUGGCAGUGACAUGGCGACAUGUUUGAGUUUUGAACUUAUGCUGGUUCCCGUGCACAUCUUGGCUUGGAAGAUGGGCUGUCAGGAAGUGCUUUGA